ACCGACGCAUGCGCAUCGUGCCCUGGACCAGGCGACCGUGGCGCGGGUGGCGGCUGCUGUGGUGGCUGUGGGGACGGAGGCGGUGAAGUGCCAUCUUCGGCUAGGUCGUCACAGUCUUCGGCUCAUGGCAUCGAGUAGCAUCCAUUAUAAGAUCAUUUACUGAAGACAAUAUGCAAAAUUCUCACAUGGAUGAAUACAGAAAUUCUAGUAAUGGCAGCACAGGCAAUAGUUCAGAGGUAGUGGUAGAACAUCCUACUGAUUUCAGUACUGAGAUUAUGAAUGUUACAGAAAUGGAACAGUCACCUGAUGACUCUCCCAAUGUGAAUGCAUCUACAGAAGAAAGUGAAAUGGCAAGUGCUGUGGACCUUCCAGUGACGCUGACAGAAACAGAAGCAAAUUUCCCUCCAGAAUAUGAAAAAUUUUGGAAAACUGUGGAAAAUAAUCCUCAGGAUUUUACAGGCUGGGUAUAUUUGCUUCAAUAUGUAGAACAGGAGAAUCACUUGAUGGCUGCCAGGAAAGCAUUUGACAGAUUUUUCAUACACUAUCCGUAUUGCUAUGGUUACUGGAAAAAGUAUGCGGACCUUGAAAAGCGGCACGACAACAUUAAACCAUCAGAUGAGGUUUAUCGGCGGGGGCUUCAGGCAAUACCUCUUAGUGUUGACCUUUGGAUACAUUAUAUAAACUUCUUAAAAGAAACACUGGACCCUGGUGAUCCUGAGACAAACAAUACAAUAAGAGGAACUUUUGAGCAUGCUGUUCUAGCUGCAGGAACAGAUUUCCGUUCUGACAGACUGUGGGAAAUGUAUAUAAACUGGGAAAAUGAGCAGGGAAACCUGAGAGAAGUUACAGCUAUAUAUGAUCGUAUUCUUGGUAUUCCAACGCAGCUGUAUAGUCAUCAUUUUCAGAGAUUUAAAGAACAUGUACAGAAUAACUUGCCUAGAGAUCUUUUAACUGGUGAACAGUUUAUUCAGUUGCGAAGGGAGUUAGCUUCUGUAAAUGGACAUAGUGGUGAUGAUGGUCCCCCUGGUGAUGAUCUACCAUCGGGAAUUGAAGACAUAACUGAUCCUGCAAAGUUAAUUACAGAAAUAGAAAACAUGAGACAUAGAAUCAUUGAGAUUCAUCAAGAAAUGUUUAAUUAUAAUGAGCAUGAAGUUAGUAAAAGGUGGACAUUUGAAGAAGGUAUUAAAAGACCUUACUUUCAUGUGAAACCUUUGGAAAAGGCACAACUAAAAAACUGGAAGGAAUACUUAGAAUUUGAAAUUGAAAAUGGGACUCAUGAACGAGUUGUGGUUCUCUUUGAAAGAUGUGUCAUAUCAUGUGCCCUCUAUGAGGAGUUUUGGAUUAAGUAUGCCAAGUACAUGGAAAACCAUAGCAUUGAAGGAGUGAGGCAUGUCUUCAGCAGAGCUUGUACUAUACAUCUCCCAAAGAAACCCAUGGUGCAUAUGCUUUGGGCAGCUUUUGAGGAGCAGCAGGGUAAUAUUAAUGAAGCCAGGAAUAUCUUGAGAACAUUUGAAGAAUGUGUUCUAGGGUUGGCAAUGGUUCGUUUACGAAGAGUAAGUUUAGAACGACGGCAUGGAAAUCUGGAAGAAGCUGAACAUUUGCUUCAGGAUGCCAUUAAGAAUGCCAAAUCAAAUAAUGAAUCUUCAUUUUAUGCUGUCAAACUAGCCCGGCAUCUUUUCAAAAUACAGAAAAACCUUCCAAAAUCAAGAAAGGUGCUUUUGGAAGCAAUCGAAAGAGACAAAGAGAAUACAAAGUUAUACCUCAAUUUACUUGAAAUGGAAUAUAGUGGUGACCUCAAACAAAAUGAAGAAAAUAUCCUAAAUUGUUUUGACAAAGCUGUACAUGGUUCAUUACCUAUUAAAAUGAGAAUUACAUUUUCUCAGAGAAAAGUGGAAUUUCUUGAAGAUUUUGGUUCCGAUGUUAAUAAGCUUCUGAAUGCUUAUGAUGAACAUCAGACACUCCUAAAAGAACAGGAUUCUUUAAAAAGGAAAGCAGAAAAUGGAUCAGAAGAACCAGAGGAAAAGAAAGCACACACAGAAGAUACAACUUCAUCAUCUACACAGAUGAUUGAUGGUGAUUUACAGGCAAACCAAGCUGUAUAUAAUUAUAGUGCAUGGUAUCAAUACAAUUAUCAGAAUCCUUGGAAUUACGGACAAUAUUAUCCUCCCCCUCCAACCUGAUGGGAAAAAUGUAAAUUUCAAAUGGAGUGUGUGAAAAGUAUGAAAUUAUUAUUUUUUUUAAUGAGGGAUGUAAACAGUAUAAGCUUGUUGUAUUUGAAAACCUGUCUUCCUUGUUUCUGUGUAACAUGAUUUGUUUAGUAAUAGGGGAAAAAUGUCAAUUAGUAGCUUACCACAGAUACUGAUACUGUUUCCUACCAUUUAUAAAAUUUACUUUUUAUUGAAGAACUAUUUUUUGAUUUUUGCAUUAAGCGGUCUAGAAUUCUUUUGCAAUGCAUUUGCAACAGAAUUUUGUAGCCUUAAGGGGUAGGAAGAAAAACCUGACUGCAAAUCAUGUCAGUGUAGUACAAAAUUCUGACAACACAUAAGGGCUGGUUAUUAAGGAUUUACCUUUUUUUUUUUUUAAAAAAAAAAAGGACUUUAACCUUUGCUAUCAAGGUUUUCUCUGUUUCAGUUAUACUUGUGAAUUGUGAUCUAACGGCAGAAAGGAUACAUUAUUAAAAUACUAUGCCUUGGAAUAGAGAUUAUAAAUGAGAAAAUGGAAUGUUUGCAUCCCUUUAAAAAUGAAAAUCAUAUCAAAAGUAUGUUGUUUCAGGAGACUUUGUAUUUAGAAUAUUCAUGUAAAACUUGUGAACAAGCUUUCAUUUUGAUCAAACUGAUCAUCUUCAUUUUUGUAAUAAAAUGGAAGACUCAUCCAGUAA